GAAACGGCAGAUUAUUUGAGGGCUACGUUGCGGUAGCGGUUGGUAUUCAGAAGAUUAUAUUCAUUCACAAUCAUGGUAUUUGUUAGUUGGGCCAGUGAUGGAUUGAGGAUAUACGAGUUAGAUGAAAAUAAAGGGAUUAUUCAAUUGGAAUACAAACCAUCUACAACUGUGAAAUGUUUAUCUAUCGCAAAGUCAAGCAUGUGGAUGGGUUACCUUGAUGAAACGAGUGUAGUUAUGCUUGACGUCAAUGAUCGAUCUGUUGUUUCCACUAUCCCUGUUGAGCCAGCUUCACGGAUUCGACUAUCACCGUGUGGAAAAUUUGGAUUCAUCUACACGUCAUUUAAAAUCGACAAUGAACAUCCAUCUGGUUCGCCAAAUAUAUUUGUGUAUGACAUGAUCAAUAGAACAAAGCUCAAAGAAUAUAUUUUCCGAAGAGGUGAUGGAUGGCAACCACAAUGGAAUUCCGAUUCAUCCUUUUGCUCGAUUUUUGUCAAUGGAGAAAUUCAUAUGUAUACAAACAAUCUAUUUUCUGAAAAACCGUAUACUAAAUUAUCACUAAAAGGUAUCCGCCAUUUUUCUAUGAGUACUUCAAGUCAACCAAACCUUGCAGUGUAUAUACCUGGGGAAAAGAACCAACCUUCUUUUGUCAGAGUUUAUCAAUGCCGUGAUAAUCAACUGAUUCAUACUGCAAAUAAAUCGUUUUUUCGUGCUGAUACAGUCCGACUAUUAUGGAAUGAUAAAGGAACUGAUUUACUCAUACUUACUUCAACAAAACUUAGUGAUGAAAGUUAUUAUGGGGAUCAAGGUCUUUAUUUCAUAUCAGCUAGUCGAUCCGGUGAUAGUGCGAUUGUUCCAAUGCCACGUAAAGGUCCAAUUUAUCAAAUAGCUUUUCAACCAACAAAUUAUUCGUCUUCUAUGGUGAAAAAGAAUAAAAAUAAAAAAGUUGAAGAAUAUUUUGUUGUUUGUUAUGGAUUUACACCAGCAUCUGUAACUAUAUUCAAUUUGAACUGUGAACCAGUUCAUGAUUUUGGAACAGGUUCAUGGAAUGAAAUUCAUUUCAAUCCUCAUGGGAAUCUAUUGUUAUUAGCUGGGCUAGGUAAUUUGUCAGGCGAUAUGUGUGUUUGGGAUUUUUCAACUCAUGAACGUUUAUCUUCAUUUAAAACAACUGAUGUGACAAGUGUUCAAUGGUUACCAGAUGGUGAACAUUUAAUAUUUGCUACAACAACUCCAAGAUUACGUGUAAAUAAUGGAUUUGGGAUAUGGCAUUAUAGUGGUAAACAAUUAUCCUUUCGACCAGUUGAACGACGUGCUAUUCCUAGAGCAGCUACACCUGAUUUACCCGCUGCAGUUGAUCAUGAACUAUAUCAAGUUUCAGUUAUAUUUCCAACAAAACUGGAAUCUGCUCCUGAACCGAAAAAGUUUGAGUCUAACUUUACUUUCUAUUCACAAAAUGAAACAGCAUAAAGGUGAACAAACAAGGCUGUAUUAUUUUAAAUGAAUUACUUUAGUAACAGAUUAUUUAUUUCUCUGAAUACCAAACUUUACUUAAUCGUCAGUCAAUUGAGAUAACAGUUAAAAACAUCGGUAAGCAGAGAGAACAGUUGUUGUGUUUGAUAUGGCGUCUAAAAUUAUAUCUACCCUCUAAGUGUUGAUAGCGCUUUCUAAGCACUUUUUUUUCACAUGAUGGGUUGCUAACCCCAUGCACAACCGUCAUCCUUAACCUGGUCAUGUGACCGACAGUAACCCUAGAAGAGCUACAGGCGGAGGCCGAUCACUGAGAUUUAAGAACAGAGGAACUGGUGGAUGGAAGUCUUUGAAGAACUUUUGAAUAGACCAGCUCCAUUGAAUCCACCAGACAUCUCACCAGUACCUACAGACCUUCCUACAGAUGUAACUAUCAACGAUCGAAGUAAUCAGGGUGGCCAUCAGACAAAUCAAGAGUAGGUAAGCAACAGGACCUGACAAUUUACAACCCGAAUCUCUGAAGUCAGACACAGGAGCAACUACAGACAUGCUCCACAUUCUAUCCAGGAAGAUUCGGGAGGAAGAACAGGUGCCGAUGAACCGGAGAGAAUGAUACCUCAUCAAGAUACCAAAUAAAGGAGAUCUGAGCAAGUGCGAGAACUACAGAGGCGUCUCACACUACUAUCGGUACCGGAAAAAGUCUUCAACGGAAUGUUGCAGAACAGGAUGGAAGACUUAGCGGACGACCAGCUUCGAGAUCAACGAGUCGGAUUCCGUAAGGAUCGGUCGUGC